UUCUGCCAACAUUUCUCGAAAAGUUCAACUAGCCGAGAAUAAUUAAAUGAACCCUUACAUGGACCUGUGUAUGCACUUCAUUUAUACAAAAGCGAACACUCCCCCCCCAGAAUCUUCACCAUGACUCGGAAAUCAUCCAUUUCUCUGCGGUUCGUUGUCAUUGGCGCCGGUAUAGCAGGCCUUUCUUGUGCAUAUCUGUUACAACAAAGUGGCCAUGAAGUAGUUGUGCUAGAGAAGCAAUCCCGCAGACCAGAGAAUCCAGACGGUGGUCUCAAAGUCCCUCCCAACAUGGCUCGCCUAUUACAUCUCUUUCCUGGAACAAUGGAGAUGUUGAAGGAGAAGGCAAGAAUGUGUUCUGGGGUCUAUUUCCACGCAGGGGAGUCCUCCAAAUUAUUGGGCCGAAUGAUCUUCAAAGAAGAAAUCAUGUCUGAUUUGGGAAGUGACUUUUACAUGGUUGCGUAUUCCGACUUCAUUGCACACCUCUAUGAUCUGUGUAUCAGCUCGGGAGUUCGUAUCAAACAUGGCUUUAUCGCCAAGAACGUCGUCGCCCCUUCAGGUUCACCCCCAGUAGUGGUAUCCGAAUCUGGUGUCCAAAUCACUGCGGACGUUGUCGUAGGUGCAGAGGGAAGAAACAGUAUAACCCGACAAGCUGUUCACUCAGAGGAUCAGGAAUCUGACGAUGAUUUGUUGGAAUUCCACAUUCCGAACGGUAGUAACGGUGCAACACCGAAGACAGAAUUAACUCGAGUACUUGCUGCCAGUGUUACAAUUCCCAUAUCUCUCAUGAAGGAUGACCCACAGCUAGCGCCUCUGACACGAGAUGACCGAUUCGUCGUAUGGACAGGGAACGGAAGUUCCGUAGGGACUACCUGCUGCGGCGGUAAAUUCGUCGUGACAUACAACGCGCAUUCUUCAGGCCCAAAUGAUAGGGACCUUGAAUGGGAUGACCCUGCUCCGGUGUCGACCUUCCUCGAAAGGGUUCAAGACUAUCAUCCUCUGGUGCGAAAAGUGGCAAGACUCGCUAAAUCGAGUCAUUGGACCAUACAAGUUCCAAUGGAUCGUUCAAGUUUUACCAACCCUCAAAAUAACGUGGUCGUUAUCGGAGAUGCAGCCCAUACUCUACCAAUUAAUACUACCCAUAGUUGUUCUGCAGCGAUGGAGGACGCAGUGACAUUUGGAUAUCUUUUCUCCCACCUCAAAUCUCGCAAUCAAGUCCCACUUUUCUUCAACGGUUAUAACCAUAUCCGAGGAGAUCGUACAAAACAGAGUGAGGAGCUCGAGUUUGAUGGCAUUUCCGUCGUUUCCGUACCUCCAGGCCCUCAUCGAGAUACGAGAGACUCAGCGUUGGGGAUGACUCUUCAUCUCGAAGGAGCAGAUGAUGAAACUCUUGCUCGAGUGUGGGGAGACUACGUGAGGGCAUUCAACUAUGAUGCAGUGGAUGCGGUAGAUGAAUGGUAUAUGAACUGGGCCAAACCCUUACAUUCUACGACGAAUUCCGCGUACUGAUGGAACUCAAGGGAAGGAUCCCUUGGCAGUAGUCCCACUCCUUUGUCUACAGUGCUAUGUAUACAAUCUAUAUCCCUAUCUAUGUAUUGUACUGUAUUGUACCGAAAUGAGCGGAGACAACUGGUAAUGCGUCAAUGCACCAG